AUAUGAUAAGCUAUUAAUUUAAUUUUUUUACUCAUUUAGCAAAUUACUUUUCCGCCCUCUUACAUAAAAAUAGCUGACAUUUUGUGAAAGACUGAAGGGUUUGUGCUUCAGUUGGCCGGAAUUGAAGGACAGGUGGAGCACCAAUGAAGCUUUGGCGCCUCCUUUCCUCCGCCGUGACCCUCACCGGAAAAUCCCUACAUUUCCAAAACCGGGUCACCUCCACACUCUUAAACCCUAAUACCAAAACCCUAUUCCAAAUUUCUCCCCUUUUAGCUUCCCACUUCUCCACCUCCUUCCUCGUCACGAAAACCCCCAAGAAAUUCCGCAAAAAACGGAAGAAGAAGGAGAGCCCAAGAACCAAGCUGGUUCAAACCCAGCCCAACCUCGUACGCCACUUGGAGCACCUCCUCCUCCGCGACAACCACCUCCGCUUUCUCACCAAAACCAAAGAAUUCCUCUCCAAACAGCCGGAAAACAUCCUCCGCCUCGACGACGCCGGGAAGCUCCACCAACAGCUCGGCUUCCCCCGCGGCCGGAAGGUAGUAAAGUUCAUCCAACGCCACCCUUCAAUCUUCCAGAUUUACCACCACUCCGACGGUAAGCUGUGGCUCGGUUUUACUGAAUUUAUGGAUGAAUUGUUGGAAGAAGAAUAUAGAAUUAUGAAUGAUAUGGAAGAGCACAGAAUCCUAGUAGUCAGGAAAUUGUUAAUGAUGUCCAAGGAUAAGAGAAUUGCUCUGAGCAAAAUUUACCAUAACAGGCUUUUAUUCGGAAUUCCUGAGGAUUUCCGGGAUAGGAUUGUGAAGUAUCCGGAAUAUUUCCGGGUAAUUGUUGAGAAUGAUGGGAAGAGAAUGCUUGAGCUUGUGAACUGGGAUCCUUUAUUGGCUGUAAGUGCAUUAGAAAAGGAAUUUAUGGUUGAUGAAGACAAGGCAAAGAAAGCUUUUAAAUUCCCAGUAAAGCAUGGAAGGGCAUUGGAGCUGGAUGAAGAUGAUGAGAGGAGGUUGAACUUGUUGAAUACAUUGCCAUUAGUUUCGCCUUAUUCAGACGGGAGUAAGCUGGAUUUAUGGACGCUAGAAGCAGAGAAGUUCAGGGUUGGCGUGAUCCAUGAGUUCUUGAGCUUGACAUUGGAGAAGAGGGCAUACAUACAUAAUCUCGUCGAGUUUAAGGAUGAGUUUUGUCUCACAAAGCAUACUUACCAGAUGCUUCUGAAGCAGCCUCGGACAUUUUACCUCGGUGGUACUGAGAUGAACUGGUGUGUCUUCCUAAGGGAUGGUUAUAGUGAAGAUGGGAAUUUGAUCAAUAAGGAUCCUCAGGUUGUGUUCAAUGAGAAGUUGUAUAGAUAUGCCGAUAUGCAGGCUAGAAAUGGUGAAUCUUGAUUCACAUUAAACUCUUUAGUCUUUGUUUAAACUAAAGAUUCUUAGGAGCAUUUUUGUUUUCUUAAAGCUUCUGUUUUUAUGUUUUUGGGUUUCUAGGUCUGACUGUAAUUUGGUAUAGAUAUCAUAAUCUUAAGAGGAUCAGCAUUGUUGAUC